GAGAUGCACUGUUAGCGCUGCUGGUGAAAGAAAAGCAAUUGCUGGGGCUGCGAUUCCUGGCUGCGACUGCUGCCUGGGAAAUGUGUGUCAACACCACACAAGCUGCUGCGCGGAGGAGGAGGAGGACGCGCCUCUCUUUAUCCCUGCUCCGCUUGAUGCUGCCGCCUGCGAGAUGCCUUUGUCACAAACAGGAGUGCUCAUAAGACGUUGCUGUUUGCAUUGCCAUCUCCCCCCUCCAACCCAAACAACAACAACAGCAGCAAAAUCCCGUCUCUGGUAUGUAGCAGUGAGAUUCCACCCCCUCCCCCUACCUCGCUGCUAUAAGAUCCCGGGAUGAUCCAAGAGUGUAUUUACUGGAUUUGAGGGGUGUUGUUCCGGGGGGAGGAGGGGAAUUCCACUGCUGCCUCAAAACCAGCAGUUUGCAAUACCCUGAGCUGACCCUUCUGAACGUAUUACAUCAGAUCAGAAACAUUUUUGUUGCAGGAGCACAGCAGCCUAUUCCUUUCACAGGAAUGGUUUCAUCUACUGCUUGCUGUUAUCUUAAUAACCUUUUCCUACUUGAACUGUCCUUUCUGCCAGUUUAUUUUUUUCAUGGAAUCCCCUGGGGUUUGGCCAUGAGCUGAGAGCGUAAGAGACCACUAAACAAGAAGAAAACCUCCAGAGAGCUCAGCUGAGCAACCUUAUUUAAGUCAUAAAAACCACUGCGUUUGACGAGCCAAUAACGUAGAUAAAACAUUUAAAGCACAGAACGCCAAACACUUGUUUGUAAACCUAAGCCUUUAUGAGCAGCACAGUUACAGUGAUAAAAGAAUAUGAUCCCAUUCUGAGCCUCCCAGCCUACCUGCAUCCCUGUGUUAAUUCAGGGCGCUGCUGGAGAGGCUUUGUGAGUGUUGCAGGACUAAUCCCUGUGGUUCCUUGAUUAUGAGCAUGUGCAGAGCAGCCCAAGGUACUGCCGUGCAUGUAGAGCGAACACACAGAGACGUGCCUUGCAAUGCCAUGUUGGUGCAUGUGUUCCCACAACUGAGAAGGAUACAGGGAGCCCGUCUGCCUUGCUGGUUUAUCUGAUGUGUUCUUGUUUCUGUUUCAGCAUUCAGGAGAAUUCCUUCAACACGACAGCUUUAGCAGAGUGUGACGGGGAUUCAGACUCUGUGCAUGAAGAUCAAGCAGGCACUUCCAGUCCCAGAGAUGAUGAUAACAAAGAAAAUUAUCCGGACAACGGUGCUGUCUUAGAGGAAAGGCAGCUGCCUUUGCAAGAGGCUCAGCAGCACAGACAACAGGCUGUGAUCGACUGUGCUCUAAAGCCUGAAAUGGGCAACCUAAAGCUGAGGAAACCCAAGCCCAUUGCAAAGCUAGAAAAUGGAAAAAGCCAUGAGGAAAAUCAGGAGCUGGAAUGUGCAUUGCCAGGCCUCCCGGAGUGGCAGGGCAAGGCUGGAUCCUCAGCUAAUGACUGUACACAGAACGUGGCUCUGAGAUGCCAGGAAACCGUCGUGAGACUUCAGCCAAGAGUAGAUCAGAAGACAAGCACUUCACCAAAGGAAGCAACCGAUCAAUGUAGCAGCUUAAAUGAGAAUUCUUUGUUGAAGCUGCAAGCCUUGGAAACCGAUCUGUGCUCUGCAUUCCUGCCAAGCCAGGAGGAAACUCCCCAGCUGCCGGCACCCAAGGACACAGCCCCUCCAUCCGUGCAGACCGGCGUGCAGGCUGAUGGGGCCGGCGGUGGAGAGCAAUAUCACUUCAUUUCUCCUAUUAUUGAUUUUAAUUUAAUGCAUCAGCAGAGAGAUAGCGAAGAGCCUGUGCCAGCCCACAGGGACUGGCAGAAUGACAUGGAGAGCAGCCCACAGGAACAUCACUCCCUGGGGACCAGCAGACUGCUGUAUCACAUUACAGAUGGAGACAAUCCUCUUUUGUCACCACGCUGCUCUAUCUUUAGCCAAAGCCAGAGAUUUAAUCUAGACACAGAGUCUGCCCCUUCUCCACCAAGUGCGCAGCCUUUCAUGGUGCCAAGAAGUUCUUCCAGAUGUAACUGUGAGGACUGCAAAGAGCCACAGACAGUAACACAACUUACCAAGCAUCUGCAGAGCCUCAAGAGGAAAAUUAGGAAGUAUGAAGAAAAGUUUGAGCAAGAAAAAAAAUACCUGCCUUCCCACGGUGACAAGACUUCCAAUCCCGAAGUUCUGAAAUGGAUGAAUGCUUUGGCCAAGGGUCGCAAGCAGCUCAAAGAGCUGAAACUCAGAAUUUCAGAAGAGCAAAGCUGUACCUCCUCAGCACCCCAAAGAAAUGAUCAUUGUGAAAGCACUGGGACCUCCAAAGAGGCUGGCACGCAGGAGGCCACGAGCACGGAACCAGCUCCCUCGGUGGAAGAAACCAUGGACAGCGUAUUGAGGCGGCUAAAGGAGAAAAGACAACACUUUAACCUUCCUGAGGCGAUUAAGGAUAUGACAAAAAAGCAAAUGGCUUUGGAAAAAAUCAAUCUUCAGAAAUGUCUGCUAUAUUUUGAGAGUAUUCAUGGAGAACCUGUCACUAAGCAAGAAAAGAGUCUCAUGAAACCUCUUUACGACAGAUACAGAAUUAUCAAGAAACUUCUUGCAGCUCCAUCUUUGAUCACAACAAUUCAGGAGGAGGAAGACUCAGAUGAAGACCAUUCUCAGAGCAGCCGUGAGUUGUCAUCGGGUCCAAUGUCUUGCUUCCCGGUGGAAGAGCACCUGUGUUACUCUCAGGAGGAGAGUGAGCCUGCACAUGUCUCACCCCUGGAUGAAAAGAAAGUUUACAGGCAAACAGCCUUGUCUAUGUCCAAUUUACAUGAGGCAACAAUGCCCGUUCUGCUUGAACAUCUCAGAGAAACAAGAGCUGAUAAGAAAAGGCUUCGCAAAGCUCUGAGAGAGUUUGAGGAGCAAUUCUACAAACAGACAGGAAGGAGUCCUCAAAAAGAAGAUCGGGUGCCAAUGGCCGAGGAAUACUCCGAGUACAAGCACACAAAAGCCAAAAUCAGGCUCCUGGAGGUUCUCAUCAGUAAGCAUGAUAUUUCCAAAACGAUUUGAAGUGAAUGCAAUGCUGUGAUAUUGUUCUCUAG